UUGAAAACUACCGUACAACAUACUUACAUAUACAUAUCACGCUGGACGGCGGCAGGUGUCAAACUUGCGCCUACUUGGUUCUGCUUCUGCUUAGCGUCUGCUCGAUUCAGUGGCUGGUUUUAUCGAUGCUGAAAGAGAGCUGGCUUCAUUUUAUCUUUUUCCAAACCCGAUCUGAAUUCGCUUUCCCGGCCCACCUACAUGGGAUUGCUAUCACUUAUACGCACUUCCCAUCACAAUCACUGAUGAGUGACAACCAACGGAAAACAAUCACAAGAUGUCUCGACCAUCUCGUCCCAACUUCCUCCAAUCAGCCCGGUCUGCUCCGGCCCCGGCAUCAGUAACCAACACCAAUGUCACCGCGGCCAUGGUAUCCGCCCCCGGCGACAUUGACAUUGACAUUGACAGUUCCGAUUACCACCAUGACACGGAACACAGACCGGGUCCAGGUCCGGGAUCAGUAACAGCAGCACCAUCAACAACCGGUUCAACAACCACAACAACCGGACGCGCCUCUUCAGCCUUCUCCCUCCCCUUCUUCGCCGGCUCCUCUUCAUCAAAGCGAUCAACUGCUCCAAGUGUCUCUUCGGUCUCAACAGCGCCGCAACCGCUUAUUCCGGUUCCGAAUGUUCAAGCCCACGCUUACACCGGGCAAUCAGUACCGGUGGCCUCCUCAACUUCAGGGACAUCUUUGCGAACGACAACCACGGGAUCAUCUACUUCGACGAGUACCACCAUCACUACCACCACCACCACCACCACUACCGCCGCCAGGAAACCAGCACCUACUUUCCCUCCCCCCUAUCCUCCUCAACCCCAUCCCCAUCCCCAUCCCUCCUCCCGAACUUCCACUUCUUCCCAAACCCACGGCAACCUUCCCUCCCCCGCAACCCCUCGCACCCCUACUGUUCCUAUCACGCCUACUGUUUCUAGCACCACCACCACCACCACCACCACCCUCCCAACAGCCCAAGCGAGAACAGCCGUCCUCGCAUCCAUCUCCAACCUCCUAGAUAGAGAACUCACGGGGCGCGCCUCCUUGCUCCACCAGAACCACAACGCCAUCUUGAAACAAGAGCGCGAGAUGAGCAAAGCCGUGGAGAGUUUUAGGAAAGAAAAUGAUAAGUUGGAGAGAGUGGCGCGGGAAGGGACGAAAAGGCUCAAAGAGGUGGGGGACGUGCAGAAUUGGGCGGAGGUUUUGGAGAGAGGGUUCUUGAGGAUUGAGGAGACGAUUAAGAGGGCGAAUGGAGAAUAUGAAAGUGGGAGUGGGAGUGAGUGGUCUGGGAGUUAUGGGUCUGGGGGUUAUGAAGGGUCUGAGAGGGGGGACGGGAAUGGGGAGGGGGAUGGGGAUAGUAAGGAUAGGGAAAAUGGAACAGAAGAAGGGGGUGGUAAAGAUGAGAGGGUUGGGGAUGGUGGUGAGAGGAAAUUAGAGAAUGAUGGUGGAGGUGAGGAGGAGAAUGGGAUAGUGCGGGGUGGAAGUGAGAAUAAUGGUGGGGCAAGGGCCGCUGAGGCAGAGGAUGUCAACGGUGAUAAGAGAGAAGGAGAGGACAUAGAAAGAGACGAUGAGGGGGAUGUGGUCAUGGUUACUGAAGAUGAUGUCUAUGAGAGACAAACGAAACUUGACAAGGGGAAAGGGAAGGCGGUCGAUGACACGAUAUCAUACCCCUCGAUGGGGCCUCUACCCCGAUCACCGGAACCCAAUGGCUCCGGAGACACACGGUUUCUGAGUUUGACACCUGCGACUGUAUGAGUUCCCUUUUGUUUGGAGGGUGUUUAACGAUGUUACGAGGUCAUGACCUGAGAGAUGCCCAAAGAAAACCUGAAUGAUGAUGAUACUUAAGUAUAGGGACUCGUUCAUCUUGUUACAUAUUUCCAUCACCAAUUUUUAACCUAACACCCUAUAACACACGAGUUU